GAAAUCCAAUUAGUGGGUUGUCAGAACCAGACCUAUAGAGGUGGAUUGUACGUUUAAAACUGUUUUCAACUUUUAAGAAGUUUUAACUGUAUCUGUUCUCUCUUGAAGCAUGAUCGCAACAAAAUUGGUUGCUGGAAACUGGCAACUCGUUAAAAACAAGGAUAUUCCAUCACAAAGAGACAGCUUGGACUGUGGAGUGUUCAUGCUGAUGUAUGCACUAUACAUUACUUUUGAGUGGCCAUUUGAUUUCAGCCAGGUGAGAGCCUUGAAUUUAUUACAGAAAUUAGUCGAUGACUCUUUCAGUUUGCCUCAGUUUUUGAUGGUUUAUUUUGUUCUUCUUUCCUUAGACAGACAUGCCUUACAUUCGCGAGUGCUGGCUGAACCUAGUAUUAAAGUGCAUGAGCCACAAAAGGGAAGCCUCAAGCCUCAAGGAGCAUCAAGUGGACUACAUGUAUGGUUGUUCCAAGGACCAUGGGAUUAUUGUGGUAUAAUGUCUGAGUCACUAGCAAUUGUACAGUUUUGAAAUUUUAACUCUCAGCAUACUUGUGUUUGUAUUCCUUGUACAGGGAGUAUGUGGUUUUUAUACAAUCUUAACUUCACCUGUGUCCUGAUCACCCUGUUAUUUACUUCACAAUGAAA